AUGGCUGUUGGCGAAAGUUCAUCUGCUUCUGAAGGAAUUAAUAAUGUUGUUGGUAAUGACACAAAUAGUUCCUUGUAUGUGCAUUCCUCGGAUAACCGAUGCUUGUUCCUACUUAACUUGAUAAAGCAUGAUAUCGACCUGGAGAAGAGGCGUUAUGCGAGCCCUAUCAGUGAAGAACAAGAAUUAGAGGAUAGAUACGAUCAAACAAAUGGGGAAAAAUUGUAUCAAAUACAGAAAGAAAUCAAUGAUCUCACACAAGGAGUGUUGGACAUCACUGUCUAUUACACAAGAAUGAAGAAGUUAUGGGAGGAAUUAAGCACCUUGAACUUGAGAAAUCAAUGCAGUUGUAUCUGCAACUGUGGUGCAAAGGACAAUAUGCACAAGGCAGAACAGGACAGAUGCUUGAUUCAAUUUCUCAUAGGGUUAAAUGAGGUAUACACUAUGGUGAGAGGUAACAUUCUCAUGAUAAACCCACUCCCUUCCAUGGCAAAAGAAUUUUCAUUGUUGAUCCAAAAGGAGAAACAUAGAGUGUUCAGAUCUAUUAGUCGAAUGCCUAUGGAUUCAACUUCUUUGAAUGCAGGUGUCUUAAAUAACAAGGUUCAAGCAGGAAGAGCCUCAGGACAAACUAUCAAAAGAGCAGUUAUGGGAAGCAACAACAACUCAUGA